UGUAUAUAUACAGCCCUGGGAGGACUUCUGCCCACUGCCACUGCUGUCCUCCUGUUCUUCCUCCUCCUUCUCCUCCCUGCUUUUCUCUUCAAAGGGUGAAGACAAGAAACUGCAGUCAUGUCUGACAAAAAGAUGACUUCGAGCCGCAGGCAUCAUCUGAAGAGCUUGAUGCUCCAGAUCGCCGCCAGCUGGUUGGAACAGGAGAAAAAGGACCUGGUGGUGGCCAAGCAGAACUACAUGGCUGAGAAGUGUCCAGCUCCCAGCCUGGGCGGAGACCACAACACUCUCAUGGAUACCUGCAAGAAGCUACACGCCCUCAUCGACAAAAUUGAUGAGGAGAGGUACGACAUGGAGGCCAAAGUGGCGAAAACUGAGAAGGAGAUCGAUGACUUGAAGAUCAAGGUGAUUGACCUGGCUGGAGUGAAGAAGCCCGCCCUGAAGAAGGUCCGCAUGUCCGCUGACGCCAUGUUGAAGGCUCUGCUGGGCUCCAAACACACAGUCAACCUGGACCUGAGGGCCAACCUGAAGCAGGUCAAGAAGGAGGUGAAAGAGGAGCCUGCAGAGGCCGUCGGAGACUGGCGUAAGAACAUUGAGGACAAAGCUGACAGGAAGAAGAUGUUCGAGACUUCCUAAACUUCUGAGUCCUCUAGCACUUUUUAAGAAAUUUAUGGAAUUUUUCAUUGAAUGGAAAUUGCUCUUGUUUCAUUAAAUCUGUAAGUUUCAGCCUGACCGUCUCUCUAUUUAAAACCUGACACCAGUAACCCGAGAUACGAGUAUUUUUAACUGGAGCGGUUUUCAUUUGCAUCAAAUCCAUUGGUGUAGCAGCAAUUUUCUCUCCGUGCUGUCACACAAGCAUAAAAGACAUGAUUCAGCUGUAAAAUGCCAAGUUUGCACAAUACCACUAUUAAACAAAC